AUGGCGUUUUUGGGACUGUCCCGUGUUUCUCGACGGUUGUUGAAAUCAUCCGUCUCGGCAACUCCAUCUUCGUUUUCUGUUUUGCAAUCUCAGCAACAUAUACACUCGUCGAAACAUGUCACUACUGCACAUUACAUCAAUCCUUUGCCUAAGUGUACUUCAUGGAAUCAUAACUACGAAGUGUGGAGUAAAGGAACGGAAUUGCAUCAGCAGAGGUUUCUCGGCGUUGGCUGGAAUUACAGAUUAGUUUCUGGAAUGUCGUCGUCGUCGUCUCCUGAGGGUAGUCCUAAGAAAGAUGAUGAGGAGAAGAGUGGUGUUGGUGUUAAGGAAGCUUCUUGGAUUGAUUUGUAUUUGCCAGAAGAAGUUAGAGGUUAUGCUAAGCUUGCUCGCUUGGAUAAACCUAUUGGCACUUGGUUGCUUGCUUGGCCCUGUAUGUGGUCAAUUGCGUUGGCUGCUGAUCCUGGAGGCCUUCCAAGUUUUAAAAUGAUGGGUUUAUUCGGCUGCGGAGCUCUACUUCUUAGAGGUGCUGGCUGUACUAUAAAUGAUCUGCUUGACCAGGACAUAGAUACAAAGGUUGAUCGUACAAGAUUAAGGCCUAUUGCCAGUGGUCUUUUGACACCAUUUCAAGGACUUCAGUUUCUUGGGGUACAGUUGCUUUUAGGCUUAGGGAUUCUUCUCCAACUUAACAAUUACAGCAAAGUGUUAGGGGCUUCGUCUUUGUUUCUUGUCUUCUCCUACCCACUCAUGAAGAGGUUUACAUUUUGGCCUCAAGCAUUUCUAGGUUUGACAAUAAACUGGGGAGCAUUGUUAGGAUGGACUGCAGUUAAAGGAAGCUUAGAGCCAACUAUUGUCCUCCCUCUUUAUCUCUCAGGAGUCUGCUGGACCCUUGUUUAUGAUACCAUCUAUGCACAUCAGGACAAAGACGAUGAUGUGAAGGUUGGUGUUAAGUCAACAGCUCUUAGAUUCGGUGAGAAUACAAAGCUAUGGCUAACUGGAUUUGGGACAGCAUCCAUGGGAUUUCUUGCACUCUCUGGACUCAGUGCAGAUCUCGGAUGGCAAUAUUACGCAUCAUUGGCCGCUGCAUCAGGACAGUUAGGAUGGCAAAUUGGGACAGCUGACUUAUCAUCUCGAGAUGACUGCAGUAGAAAAUUUGUGUCGAACAAGUGGUUUGGUGCUAUUAUAUUUAGUGGAGUUGUACUUGGAAGAACAUUUCAAUAG